AUGGAAAAUGACAAUCAGACAUCCACCGACUUCAUCCUCCUGGGCCUGUUCCCCCCAUUCAGCCUUGGCCUUUUCCUCUUCACUCUCACAGUCCCCACCUUCCUGAUGGCCCUGACUGGAAACCUCUGCAUGGUCCUGCUCAUCCUCCUGGAUGCCCAGCUCCACACACCAAUGUACUUCCUGCUCAGUCAGCUCUCCCUCAUGGACCUCAUUUAUAUCCGCACCACUGUGCCCAAGAUGGCUUCCGGUUUCCUAUGUGGGAACAAGUCGAUCUCCUUCAUUGGGUGCGGGGUGCAGAUUUUCUUCUUUGUGACCUUAGCUGGCUCAGAAGGACUGCUCCUAAUGUCUAUGGCCUAUGACCGUUACGUGGCUAUUUGCUUCCCUCUGUACUACCCCAUCCUCAUGAACAGAAGAGUGUGUGUGCUGAUGAUCCUGGGAUCCUGGGCCAUGGGUGCUGUCAACUCCUGUGCUCACACAGUCUGUGUCCUUGGUAUCCCUUACUGCAGGUCCAGGGCCAUCGAUCAUUUCUACUGCGAGAUCCCAGCCAUGGUUUCUCUGGCCUGUGGUGACACAUGGGUCUAUGAGUACACUGUUUUCUUUAGCAUCAUCAUCUUUCUCCUGUUUCCUUUCUUGGUCAUCCUGGCUUCCUAUGGGAAAGUGCUCCUUGCUGUCUACCGCAUGCGCUCACAGGAAGGCAGGAGGAAGGCUUAUUCCACCUGCAGUGCCCACCUCACUGUGGUGACUUUCUACUAUGUACCCUGUGCUUACACUUAUCUCUGCCCCAAAUCCCUCCGGUCUCCAGCAGAGGACAAGGUUGUAGCUGUCUUCUACACUAUCCUCACCCCAUUGCUCAACCCCAUGAUCUACAGCCUGAGGAACAAGCAGGUGCUGGGGGCCCUGAUGAGACUCCCUCAGAGCAUCUGCUCGCUGAAAAUGUAG